GGCGCCACGUUUUCGCUCCUCGCUGUCUUGCCGAACAGGCGCACCUGCGCAGGAUUUAUAACUGCAAGAACUAAGAUUAUAUCUGCAGUUCAAGUCGUAGUAAUUAUAAUUUAAUGUCUAAGCUACGACAUCGACACAUUUCAUUAGCGACGUGCGCUUGUUCUUUUAAAAUUUAGAUUUUGCCGCAAAAAUUGCUGUAGAGAAGACUGUGUGAACAGCACAGAGGGACCCGGAAAGCAUUGGUUUGCACUCCGGAAAUCACAGGGCCUGCUCAUGGCAACCAACUAAUCUCACAAGACAAAGCCAAUGACUCAGCAUCAGAUGACGCUUCUCAGAUACAUUCUGAUGAAUGAAUACAGAUAUUUGAAGCAGCACACCACAGUUGUACUGUGUUGAAAGAAGAACCAAGCAGAAAGUCUCUCGCUUCAGCCAGGACUCAUUCCAGUGGCCUCCGCUUUGCGUCGCUUGUACUACUCCAGAAUGGACGACUCUGACUUACACACGAAGGCACAAGAACAAUUAACUGAAGGUGUUGAGGAGCAGCAUGCAGCAACCGCCAUUGCCAGUGUCACAUCCCAGGCACUUCUGGAUCCAUCGAUCCAGUACCAGUUCCGCACAGAGAAUGGACAAGGUGUCACGUACCGUGUGGUCCAGGUGGCCCCAGAAACUGUUACUGGGGAUGCUGUUGCAGCUGGUGGCACUCAGGUGGUCACAUCUGCAGCUUUAGUUGGACAACAGGUGGCACAAGCUAUCAUCUCCAGCCCAUUUGCAAAUGCAAAUGGGAGCUCCAGCCCUACUGCUGAAGGGCAAUUUUAUGUGAUGAUGUCACCACAGGAUGUUCUCCAAACAACGCCCAGAACUUUGGCUCCAAGGACUCAUCAGUUCAGUCAGAAGUCGGAAGGAAACAGGACGGCAAGGGACGAAAGGAGGAGGGCCACUCAUAAUGAGGUGGAAAGGAGACGAAGAGACAAGAUUAACAACUGGAUUGUGAAGCUUUCAAAGAUUAUUCCAGACUGCUCGAGCGACCUCAACAAGUCGGGUCAGCAGUCGUCAGUUCACCUUCAUAGCAAAGGUGGCAUCUUGGCAAAAGCUUGCGACUACAUUCAGGACCUGCGGAACGCGAAUGCAAGGCUGCCGGAUAUUUUGAAGGAGAACGAGCGCUUAGCUGUCGAUGUAGAGCUACUGCGACAGCAGUGUGAAGAGUUGAAGUCUACAAACCAGAUAUUGAAGGCUCACCUGCAGCAGCAUGGCAUCACCAUUGCAGAGCAGGACCAACACACAUCCUAACAUACGAAUGAGGUUCAGAAGAUGUACCCUGUAAUCAUUUAGCCAUGUCUGCAUCGUGGGUGCACAAUAGACCAGGACACAAGAGUGAUGAACAGACUCACACGUGCUCAGCUGCCAUUACACCCCAGUGUGGCACUGGAUGUGUUUUGUGCACAUGGCCUCGAAGCAGAGCGUUAUCUCAGCACGCCGUAAAUCUGAUACCAUUCUUGUAUGGCCGCAUACAAACCUAUGAUAAAGCUAGCUGUAUAGAGAGUGAACAAUAUUGUUGUGUUCCUGUGGUUAAGAUUAUGUUUCACCGUUGCUGGGGGUGGCACAUAAGUGGUACGCUGUGCAAUUUCUGCCACCAAUCGUCAUCCACCUCCUGUUGUUCUUGCUGGGCAGUGUUCACGAAGGAGCCCUUUCUGUGCGUUGCAAUUGUUUUUGGCCAUUGUGACGGGUCUCACUGUGACGGAUCCUUGCUUUUCGUCCCACUAGCAAAUCAAGCUGAGUGCAAGUUUUGUUGUUUACCUCAUCUAAUGCUUGGGACAAUGUGAGUAAUUCUGUGUGAUACCUAAUGGGCACCGCUUGAUCUUGUUUUCGAGAUGUACGAGUUUUCUGCUGUGUGCACAUGACAUGCCUUAUAUUAUAUUCUUCUGAUGCAGUAGCAUGCCACUGUGUGGGUGCCAUUGGUGCAGGUUGUGUGGCGCAAAUUUAAUUGAGGAAGUGGAGCCGGGAUUUUACUUUGCACCUGCACUUACCAUUAACGAUGCACUUGUUCUGUCAAGCAUGUGUGACGAGAAAUUUAAUGACGACCCUAUUAUACACGAUACCUUGGUAUGAAUUGUUCACAAACGCUUAUGUCGCUUUCUUUAAACACAAGUGGAGAACAUUAUCUAGUCAUAUCUCUUUGGACUUCACCCUUUAAAAUUGCUAUGCAGUUCCGACUGGGGCCUGGUGUUUCGGGGCUGCAAGACUUUGAAUGCCUGUUUCUAGACUUUGCUUCAUUAUGUAGUGUAGGUGGUGAAAGAAGGUUUAUCUCUUGGAGUGCUUUAAUUAGUUGAGCAAAGUAUUUGUGAAAUCCUUCAUGUGGCCAGUAGAAUUUGUUUGGUAUGGCAAGUGCAGUAGGCUGACUGCAGUUUUUGUAAAUAUGAGUGCUGUCAUGAAUGUGGAUAAGAGCUAAUGACUACAUGGAAUAUGUGAAGUUCUUUUUUACCUCCACCCCUGGAAGCAAGAACACAAUUAUGUAAAUGAAGCUGGUUAUAUGUUCUAUGUUGACACAGUUUACUUCAAAGCACACAGGUUUAGGAACAAAUAAUGCAACAGGCAAGGGAUUGAACAUAGAUGAAGAAAAUAAUUGUAAGCUGUCAAACAAGGACAUUGUUUAGCUGGUUUGGAUGACACGGGGGACUUGACUCACCUUAGUUAUGUCGAAUUUGUUUUCUUUAUAUUAAAUGUUAUGGCACAUGCUUUUUUUUUUCUUUUUUUUUGUGGUAGUGCACCUCACAGACAUCUUGCAUGCCUGUGAUGUGGCUGCCAGGUGAAGACUGUGUGUUCUGGAUUCUGGAAAUGCUGUGUACUGUUUUUCUUGAGAAUAAAUUUAUGUAAAGUA